UACCAUGAUAGCUGUAAAGACCUUCAUUACAAUUUGAAACUGUGAAUUCUAAACUUUUCUUACUCCGAAGUUUAAUAUUAUUGUUAAUUAUACCCCUGAAGUUUACAGUGUGACUCGAUAUAUUAAAGCCAAAAUGUGGUCUUUCAUUUUCUUGGUAGUAGUGUCUAUAUUAUCCGUUGAGUGUAAUGAUAUUAGACUCGGUUACACCACAGGAAGUUCUAGAAGAAUCUUCAACGAAAUUCGAGAGGCUAAUCCCGCGUUGUGGACGAGGACUGAUGACGUCAUAGUGAAUGCUGUGGGAUCAGAAGUAAUCACUGCUGUAUACGUCACAGAUCUGAGAGACGGCAAGGAUGGACAGGCAUAUAUCGAAAGUGGUGGCAUAGGAACGAAGAGCGUCACAAUCGGUCUACGAAGUCCUUCGGUGCUAAGAGGGUACAGGUUCGAAAUAGAAGUGUUUGCAGAUGACCCCAACCAGUCGAAAAAUGCGAGAUUAUACUCCAAAGGUGGUUCACAACCUUACUUCGAUGAUGGACAAUACGCUCGGAAGUACUAAAUUGUAAUAAGAAUAUAGAAUAAAAUAAAUUUAAGUACUUAUUGCCAGUAACAGUUUGCAUUUUUCUAUAUAAGACCUACUUGACAGUAGUAACAAUGUAUAAAGUAGUAAAAUUAUGUUAUGUGGGUA